AUGUUUGUGAAGUGUACUGUUGAAAGAGAUAUUUCUUUUCAGGAAUGUCAUCAUGUUCUGCGUGGCCAUAAGUUGUAUUCUUGUUCUAGGAGCUUUGUAUUCCUUAAUCUGCGUAGUUCUGAUUGGAUUGUUCAUUCUAAUUUAGAAGAUUUGCAAGAGAAUGUUAAUCUUGGUACUUAUGAUGUUAUGAUUUGCUACACUAAGAGACCAUCAAUAUUAGAUAAUUUAAAUCUGUACGAUUAUGCAAAAAAAUUUAACCAUCAGACUAAUAAGCCAAAGAAACGUGAGAAUAUUGUACGUAUCUAUCCAUUGUUGUCACAGAAGUUGCUGAAGUCAUCUGAUCUUGAUGAAGAAGUUUGUAGGCAGGUUGUGUUACUUUUUGUGUCAUGGAGGAAUAUUGAUCUUGAAGAAGAUAUGUCUUUAAGUUGGGCUGAAAUUUAUGUGAAGUAUCAGCUAUCAGUUAGACUUUUACCUUAUUUUGAUGUAGAUGAAAAAGUGUCUUCUGAUCUUUCUGAUGAUAGUGAUGAAGAAGUAAAGAAAAGUAAAGAAGAUUGGAUGUAUGUGUGUGAAGUGAAAGGUAAUGUACCUCAUCAAGUUGAACUUGGUUAUCGAACUGUUGAUAAGAAUCACAGUUGGAAUCGUUCAGCUGAAAUGGUAUCAGAAUGUAUUGUUGUUUGUAAUACUAUUCAAGAUGCUAAGAAAAGUAAAGUUCUUCAGCAAGAGAGGACUAUUAAUCAUAUUGAAUUAUCUGCUGAUCAGAAGUCAGUUCUGUCAGUUGUCAGACAGCAAAUCCUUAAAAUUAAUGGUAGGCUGAAUGAUGAGGUAUCAACACCGCAAAUAGUUUUGUGUGAAGGUUUGGCUGGUAGUGGAAAGACAGCUACGCUUAAUGCUGUUGUUGAAUUAAUACAUGAGUAUUGUGGUAAAGAUUCUGUGUUGGUUUUGGCACCCACUGGUUCUUCUGCUUUGCAAGCUCAAGGAGUAACAGUUCAUAGCGCUUUACGAUUAGGAUACAAUGCUACAGGUCAUGUCCCAGAUCUCAAAGGUGAAGCUUUGUACUAUUGGAGAAAGGAUCACAUAAAUGUGAAGUUUGUUUUAAUUGAAGAAUAUUCUAUGGUUGGCUGUAGAUAAUUAUAUAAUAUCAACAAACGGUUGUGUCUUC